GCGCGCGACGCGGCCAUGGAGGACGCGGGAGCAGCUGGCCCCGGGCCCGAGCAGGAGCCCGCGCCCGAGCCGGACACUGGCAUGUCCGAGGCGUUCUCGCGACUUUGGACGGAUGUGAUGGGAAUUCUGGAUGGUUCACUGGGGAACAUUGACGACCUGGCACAGCAAUAUGCAGAUUACUACAAUACCUGUUUCUCGGACGUGUGUGAGAGGAUGGAGGAGCUGCGGAAGCGGCGGGUUUCCCAGGACCUGGAUGUGGAGAAACCUGAUGCCAGCCCCACGUCACUUCAGCUGCGGUCUCAGAUUGAAGAGUCGCUGGGCUUCUGUAGCACCGUGUCAACGCCGGAAGUGGAGAGAAAGAAUCCUCUUCAUAAAUCCAACUCAGAAGACAGCUCUGUAGGAAAAGGAGAUUGGAAGAAGAAAAAUAAGUAUUUCUGGCAGAACUUCCGAAAGAACCAGAAAGGAAUAAUGAGACAGACUUCAAAAGGAGAAGAUGUUGGUUAUGUUGCAAGUGAGAUAACAAUGAGUGAUGAAGAGCGGAUUCAACUCAUGAUGAUGGUCAAAGAGAAGAUGAUCACCAUUGAGGAAGCACUUGCUAGGCUCAAGGAGUAUGAGGCCCAGCACCGGCAGUCAGCUGCACUGGAUCCUGCCGACUGGCCAGACGGUUCAUACCCUUCAUUCGAUGGCUCAUCAAACUGCAACUCAAGAGAGCAAUCGGAUGAUGAAACCGAGGAGUCGGUGAAGUUUAAGAGAUUGCACAAGCUGGUAAACUCCACCCGCAGAGUCAGAAAGAAACUAAUUAGGGUGGAAGAGAUGAAAAAGCCCGGCACUGAAGGUGGGGAGGAGCACGCCUUUGAGAAUUCCCCAGUCCUGGAUGAAAGAUCUGCCCUGUACUCGGGGGUGCACAAGAGGAGCUUUUUCUUUGACGGCUCUCCUGAGAAACCUCCUGAAGAUGACUCUGACUCCCUCACCACCUCUCCCUCGUCCAGCAGCCUUGACACCUGGGGAGCUGGCCGGAAGCUGGUGAAAACCUUCAGCAAAGGAGACAGUCGGGGCUUGAUUAAGCCUCCUAAGAAGAUGGGGACAUUCUUCUCCUACCCAGAAGAAGAAAAGGCCCAGAAAGUUUCCCGCUCCCUCACGGAGGGGGAGAUGAAGAAGGGUCUGGGGUCCCUGAGCCACGGGAGAACCUGCAGUUUUGGAGGGUUUGACCUGACCAACCGUUCUCUGCACAUUGGCAGUAAUAAUUCCGACCCAAUGAGUAAAGAAGGUGAUUUUGUGUACAAAGAAGUAAUCAAGUCACCCACCGCCUCCCGCAUCUCUCUUGGAAAAAAGGUGAAAUCAGUGAAAGAGACAAUGAGGAAGAGAAUGUCAAAAAAGUACAGCAGCUCUGCCUCUGAACAGGACUCUGGCCUUGAUGGAAUGCCUGGCUCCCCUCCGUCAUCACAGCCCGACUCUGAGCACGUGGACAAACCCAAGCUCAAAGCUGGGGGCUCCGUAGAAAGCCUGCGGAGCUCUCUAAGUGGGCAGAGCUCAAUGAGUGGCCAAACAGUAAGUACGACAGAUUCUUCCACCAGCAACAGGGAAAGUGUGAAGUCAGAAGACGGCGACGAUGAAGAGCCCCCCUACCGGGGCCCCUUCUGUGGGCGCGCCAGAGUGCAUACCGACUUCACACCCAGCCCCUAUGACACAGACUCUCUCAAGCUCAAGAAAGGAGAUAUCAUUGAUAUAAUCAGCAAACCACCCAUGGGUACUUGGAUGGGCCUGUUGAAUAACAAAGUCGGCACGUUCAAGUUCAUCUAUGUGGACGUUCUAAAUGAAGAAGAGGAGAAGCCCAGGCGCCCCACCAGGAGGAGGAGGAAAGGAAGACCACCCCAGCCCAAGUCUGUGGAAGAUCUCCUCGACCGGAUUAAUCUGAAAGAACACAUGCCCACGUUCCUGUUUAAUGGGUAUGAAGAUUUGGACACCUUUAAGCUCCUGGAGGAGGAAGACUUGGAUGAGUUAAAUAUCAGGGACCCAGAGCACAGAGCUGUUCUCUUGACAGCAGUGGAGCUAUUGCAGGAAUAUGACAGUAACAGUGACCAGUCAGGAUCCCAGGAGAAGCUGCUUGUCGACAGCCAGGGCCUGAGCGGAUGCUCCCCACGGGACUCGGGAUGCUACGAGAGCAGCGAGAACCUGGAAAAUGGCAAGACUCGGAAAACUGGCCUCCUGUCUGCCAAGUCGAGCGAGCCCAGCUUUACGUCCUUCAACAGAAACCAGCUGGGCAACUACCCGACGCUGCCUUUGCCGAAGUCUGCGGACGCACUGAAGCAGGAAGAGAAGGAGAGCCUGCUGGGCACUGGGCUUACCCCUCACGCCUCCACCAGCUGCGACCAGCCCUGCACGACUGGUUUGAAUAAAAACCGAAGAAGCCUUCCCGUUUCCAUCUGCAGGAGCUGCGAGACCCUGGAGGGCCCCCAGACUGUGGCAACGUGGCCCCGAUCGCAUUCCCUGGAUGACCUUCAAGGAGAGCCCGAUGCUGAAAAAGACGGGCCCAGUGGGAUGACGGGAGCUUCCGCUCAGAUUCCACCGGAAGUGCCGCAAAAGACGACCGCAGCCGCCACCAAGGUUCAAACGCCAGAACGAGAAUCUGCUGUAGACAGUGCAUUGCUACUGACCCAAAGCAAGAGAUACUCUGAACCUCAGAAAAUUACGACCAAGAAACUGGAUGGUUCAGUAGCCACCUCUCCACGGGGCAUGUCACCUCCUCAGUGUUUGCCCAAAAGCUAUGACGCUCAAGCUUCAGGAGCUAAACCCAGUGUAACGAGGACGCCUCUUGAGGGUCACAGAAAAGGGCACAAUUUUGAAGGAACAAAUCAUCCCCCAGGCACCAAAGAAGGGGUCGAUGCUGAGCGGAGGGUCCCUGAGGCAAAAACACAGCCAAAAACUCCUUCGCAGCCGCCACCUGUUCCUGCCAAAAAGAGCAGAGAACGCCUGGCCAACGGCGUCCACCCUGUUCCUGGGUCACCAUCAGUCAGAGUCGACGCGAUCACGCACGGACGCUGUGGGAUUCCGGAAGCUCUGGUACAGAGAUACGCAGAAGACAUGGGUCACCCCGAGAGGGACAUCGCCACCAACAUGGACCAGAUCCGCGUGAAGCUGCUUCGGAAGCAGCACCGCAUGGCGAUUCCAAGUGACGGUCUCACAGAAAUCUGUAGAAAGCCCCUCUCUCCUGGAUGCGUGUCGUCCGUGUCCGACUGGCUGAUCUCCAUCGGUCUGCCCAUGUACACUGGCGCCCUCACAGAAGCGGGGUUCAGCACACUGAGCCAAGUGCCUUCUCUGUCCCACACUUGCCUUCAGGAGGCCGGCAUCACAGAGGAGAGGCAUAUAACCAAGCUGGUGUCUGCAGCCAGGCUCUUCAAACUGCCGCCAGGCCCCGAGGCCAUGUAG